AUGCGAGCAGCACAAUAUUACGGUAGGCGCGACGUUCGGGUCGUCGAUGUUGCAAUUCCGGAGCCUGGACCAGGAGAAUGUCUUGUCGAGAUUGAGUGGUGCGGCAUCUGUGGUAGUGAUUUGCACGAAUAUGUCGCAGGUCCAAUGGGCAUACCUGCUCCUGGGCAUCCUCACGCACUGACAGGCAGCGUACUGCCCUUGACUCUCGGCCAUGAAUUUUGUGGUCGUAUCAAGAGAGCCUCCGAAGGGUCCAAAUGGACGAUUGGACAAGCCGUGAUGGUAGACCCUCGACUGGUUUGCCGAAAGUGCCUAUCGUGCACUUCGGGAUCCGACCACCUGUGCAGCACCCUUGGCUUCCUUGGAAUCUGUGAUUCAAGACGAGGAGGUGGCUUGUCGGAGUAUUGUGUCGUGGAGGAUGACCAACUCUAUGCACUUCCAGAAAAUGUUAGCCUCGACUAUGCGGCAAUCAUUGAACCUCUGGCGGUAGGCCAUCACGCAGCGAAAAUGCUCAACUCUAGUUUGGAGGGUCUGGACGUUCUGAUCGUUGGUGGUGGUCCUGUCGGUAUCGGGAUGGCUUCCGUGCUGCGCGCGCAUCGAGCCGGAAAUAUUCUUUUGAGCGAGCCGUCAUCCGCCAGAUGGCGACAUGCGAAAGACCAGGUCGAUAGGGUCAUUGAUCCGAAAACAGAGAAUGUCGGCGAUAUCUGUCGAGAGCUCACCAGUGGCAAGGGAGUAGAUGUGGUAUUUGACUGUGCUGGUGUUCAGGCAGGGCUAGAAGCGGGUAUCGAUUCGUUGAAGCGCUCGGGAACACUGGUCAAUGUUUCCGUCUGGGAACAAUCUCCUGCAAUUCCUUUCUGGAAUUUUUUCUUGAAAGAACUCAAAGUUGUGUCCUCGUGCUGUUACAACGCACAGGACUUUAAGGAGAUGAUGGAUAUGAUGGGUGAAGGCAAAUUGGAAGGAUAUGAAAAGAUGGUGACUAGCCGAGUUGCCUUGGAAGACGUUGUUGCCAAAGGCUUCGAGGAACUGGUCAACAACCGAGAUGAUCAGGUCAAGAUUCUCAUCUCACCCAAACUGAAGGCUGGCCAAGCGUGA